AUGAAAAAAGUUUUGAAUAGAUACUCCUAUUCUGAGAACGAUGAAUUAGGAAGAGGAGCAUUCGGAAGAGUAUAUAAAGGUGUUGAUUCGAAGACUAACAAACCUAUUGCGAUUAAAUUUAUUAGCUUAGAUGGUUUAUUUGAUUAAUAGUUGAUUGAAAAUUUCAAAUAAGAAAUGAGCAUAAUGAAGGAAUUUAAUCAUCCUAACAUAGUUAAGCUCUUAGACUACAAGAUGGACCCAUAAUAAAAUAUUGUUGUGAUUGAUUAUUGUGAAGGUGGAGAUUUGUCGAAGUAUCUGGAUAAAAAUGGUUCUAUGCUUGAUGAGUAUACGGCCACUUAAAUAUUAAUUCAAGUCGUUAACGGAUUUAGAGAAGUGAUAGCUAAAGGAUAUAUCCAUCGUGAUGUUAAGCCUGCCAACAUUUUAAUUCAGAAUGGACUCUUUAAAUUGGCUGAUUUUGGAUUUGCCACAAAAGUAGCAACAAAUGAAGUGCUCGAUUAAUAAGUAGGAACACCAUUAUAUAUGGCUCCACAAUUAUUAGAAAACACUGCUUAUUCUUCCAAAUGUGACAUUUGGUCAUUAGGAAUUAUAGCAUAUGAGAUGAUAUAUGGAAGAUAGCCAUGGUCAUGUAGAGACAUGAAAUCUUAUUUAAAAAAUAUUAAAUGUUAUCCUCUUAGGUUUCCAAUAGAUAAAGCAGUGUCUGACUAAUAUAAAAAUUUUGUCAGACAAUGUUUGAAAGUAGAUGAAAAUUAACGAAUAGGUUGGAAGGAUCUCUUUGAUCAUCCAUUACUUGAUACAAGAUAAAUAGCAUAAAAAACAUUUAAAAUAAUAGAAAUGGAUGAUGAGACAAAAUAAAUACUUAGAAAUAUAUAAUAUAUUGCAUAAGCAAGAUAAUUAAAGAUAUAAGAACAGUUUUCUAAAUAUGAUCUAGAUAAAGAAGGAAAUUUGGAUUUCAAUGAGUUCCUUUAGUUUAUUUAAAAGAUUGAUCCUUCACUCACUUCUAAUGAAACAUCCAAAUUAUUUAAUUUCUUAGAUCAACAAAGAAAAUAAAAAAUCAAUUUAAAUGAGUUUUAGGUUUUGUUUAGUGGGAAUGAUUUUUCAGAUCUUAAAAACUUUGCUUAAAGAAUAAUAUCGGACUUAAAAGAGAUUAUAGCAAAUAAUAAACUAAAUGUAGAUUAAAUAUUUCAUUUUUACGAUGAAGAUAAAGAAGGAGAUUUAAAACUUGAUGAGUUUAGUAAUCUUAUUCGAAGAAUUGCACCUGCUUUAAAACCAAAAGAAAUAUUAAUAGUAUUUACUGAGUUUGACAAGAACAAUGAUGAUUCCAUAAGUUUAGAUGAAUUCAAAAAGAUUAUUUGUCCUUAAGGCUAAAACUACGAAAAGCUUAAGCUUUAGAAAUUACAAUAACAAUUAGUAGCAGAGAUUAAAAGAAGAAAACUAACAAAUGAAAACAUCUUCAAAACAUUUAAUGUAAGCAAGACUAAUAAAAUGAAUUAUGAGGAAUUUACAACUUUAUGCAGAGAUCUAGUGAAAGUUAUUACAGAUGAUGAAAUACAAUAAGUUUUUAAAACAGCAGACAAAAAUUAAGAUUAAUGUAUUAGAUACGAAGAAUUUAUGAAUUUUUUUAAAUGA